UCCGGUGGCUUUAAUCCUGUAGAAAGUAUGGACCGGCAACCAUUGAAACGCACCUGCCCGACGACGAAAGAGGUGGCAUUUUCCAUACGCACAAAUGUUGCUUAUGAUGGCAGUAUGGAUGACGACUGUCCAAUAAAAGGUCGUGCAAUCUCAUUUAAGAUUCAAGAUUUUUUGCAUAUCAAGGAAAAGUAUGAUAACAACUGGUGGAUAGGCCGUCUGGUGAAAGAGGGCUCUGAUUUGGGUUAUAUACCAUCCCCUACCAAACUUGAAGUCAUGCGUAGUAUGAUUAACCAAUUACCAAGUUCAACCAAAAAUUCGAUAUCUUCAAACUCGGAUGGUAGUCCUACUGUUGGAAGUAGUCAUACGCCUGCUCUAAUUAUUCCAACAGUAAAAGAUAAAAGACAUUUUUUUUCGAAGAAACAAGAUACCUCACUUGCACCUUACGAUGUUGUUCCUUCGAUGAGACCAAUUGUUAUAGUCGGACCAUCUUUAAAGGGAUACGAAGUAACUGAUAUAAUGCAAAAAUCAUUAUUCAAUUUUUUGAAAUGUCAUUUUGAAGGAAGAGUUAUCAUUACUCGCGUAAUAGCUGAUAUAGCAUUGGCUAAAAAGUCCUUCAUUAAUGAUUCGUCGAAAAUAAAUAAACCUGGUUCACGAUCGAAUACAAUAGCUUACGUGCAACAGGAAGUUGAACGGAUUUAUGAGCUCGCUCAAACAUUACAACUUGUUGUUUUGGAUUGUGAUACCAUCAAUCAUCCUUCGCAAUUAGCAAAAACAUCUUUGGCACCAACCAUAAUAUAUAUAAAAGUCCAACCACAAACACUACAAAAGUUAAUUAAAAAUCGAGGUAAAUCACAAUAUCGACAUCUCAAUGUUCAAAUGGUUGCGUCUGAAAAGUUGGCUCAAUGUCCAACAGAAAUGUUUGACGUAAUACUAGACGAAAAUGAGUUAGAUGAUGCAUGUGACCAUAUGGCUGAAUUCUUGGAGUCUUAUUGGCGAGCAACACAUCCAUCAGUGACCCUGGACUAUAACGAACAGCAACUAUUGAGGCCAAUUAAAAGAUCGCCAAACAUAGAUAUAUCCAUGUUAAUGUCGAACAUGAACAAUUGCUCUCUGCCAGAGUAUAAACCAAUGGCCAGUACAUCGUCCUAUGCACAUAGCAAGCACAACAAUUAUGAGCGUUAUGAUCAAGAAAGAACAGAGAAUAUGUCACGUACAGCUACCGUGUAUAAGCCGCAUAAUCAAAAACUACUGCAACAGCGUUACCGUGAUGUAGACCAGCAUGACCAUCUGCGACAGCCGCUUCAUCUUAAUCAUUCUCAACUGCAAUAUCAUCUUGAAGAUCGACACAGCAACAAUCGCGAUAGUCGGUUAUAUCGAAAUCGUGUCGUGCAGCUGCGUUAUCACGAAAAUCAACAGUAUUCUUUUGAAUACCAUCAGCGUCAAGAUCAACGCUAUCCACAUCAACAGCAAAAUAACGAUCAACAGAGGCAGAAACAACGUAGUGAAAAACGGCGUGAGCGACACGUGUCAUUCGCCUGUCCUCUACAUCACGAUAAAGAGUAA